AUGCACUCCAUAAAGGGCCGGAAAUCUCCAGCACAACGCAUCCGCAGAGCUGCCGCAGCCUGCUAUCGAUGCCACUGGCGUAAGGUUCGCUGUGACGCCGCUGUUCUUGGGUAUCCUUGCACCAACUGCACACUUGAUGGCAUCGCCGGCUGCACUCUACGGCCCAACGCGACAGCUCGCUUCAGACGGCUUCAGAAUGGCGAUGAGACGAAUGUUUCUCCCACACUGGCGGUCAGCGAGGCCCCUUCCUACUUCGAUCCGUCUACGUUGAGUGAAUACGAGACCCAUUCGAUGGCGGUAACCGCUCCGUUGCAGAAUGCGCCUGACAGGAUACACGACGAUACGGAGUCAUCUCUGCGACUGGAUUUGGAUGUUCCAGUACUUGGUCCUCCUAUAGCUGAUCCAACGCCUUUCAUAUUCGAGAAUACAGGGACAGCGUUUCCCGGGCAGAGCUUUGUCGAGCUAGAUCGACUAUCAUCCCUUGCUAUGAAUGAUGUACAGGUUCUGAUGGUAAACGGCUGUUUGGAGAUACCCCCAAAAGCCGCGGUCAAUAUAUUCGUGCGAAAAUACUUCCUCUUGCUUCAUCCUCUUCUUCCGAUCAUCGAUGAGUCCCAGUUCUGGGAGAUAUACAACCAGUCCAACAAAUACCUAAGCCGUCCGGGAAAGAUAUCGCUGUUUGUAUUCCAGGCCAUGCUCCUCGCCAGCUGCGCGGUCCUCUACAAUACCGGCUUUGAGAGCGAUCCGUUGGCGAGGGCCCAGGGAGCUCUUCUUCUCACAUUCCACACGACAGCAGAAGACCCCCAGGCAACGAUGACCUGGAACAUAUGUGCCAUCCAAAACGCUAUGACUGUAAGUUCCAUUGCAAGUAAUAUUGACCUGCAGACCGCGGUGGUCGUUAAGAAACGUCUGUUCUGGUCGGUCUUUGUGCGAGAUAGAAUACUGUGGCUAGGGCGGCAUCGCCAGCCGCAGUUCAUUUCCGCUAAUUUUAAUAUCGGAAUGGGUCUCCUGGAGGAGUUUGAUAUCGCGGAUGAAAUAAAUUCAUCUCCAGUACAUACACCCGACAGCAAGCGCUUGCUGUUGAAGCUCUUUCAAGCACAAUGCCGGCUCGCGUUGAUUCUGUCGGGCGUUAACGCGAUCGCCUUUUCGGCGUCCGAGGCUUAUUCUCCACAGUUGUCCGUUGAGGGACUACACUCAAGACUAGCCAAGGUGCAAAUGUUGAGAUCUAGACUAGCACAGUGGAGAGAAGUAUGGAUGCCGUUGCCCGAGACAGCUGCACCGGAGCAAGAAGCCAUUGACAUCUUGACAAAUAUCACAUUGAUGCAUUACGAAAGCGCAAGAAUUGCCUUGUCACACCAUGAAACAUUCCUCAUCGAACAGCAUCUCGAACUCAUACAAGAUCGAUCAUCGACUAUGCUGCUGGGUAUCGCAAAGGAACUGAAAGACUCAAUAUCUAACGUGACCCAGAAACUGUCGUACUUUGCCUCUGUGGGUUUGACCGAGAACAUGCCGUUGAGCGUCCUUGCCUCUAGUGGAACUCCAAUGGUUCUAUCUGCGAUAGACGUGAAGCUUUCAUCAUCACUGUCAGAUAUGCUUGACCGACGACGUACUUUAGACGACUGUUCCAAGAUUAUCAAACAGGCUGGAAAGGUGUACGACGUAACAGAUUUCUUUUCCCAAGGAACCAACCACAUCCUCCAACUGGCGUAUGCCGUGACCAAGAAUCUGUUCAUUGACGAUAAGACACAUAGAUCGGACGUGUUGACUGCUCAACCUGGGAAUGAGGAAGGACAGGCACGAGCUAUAGUCCCGGCAUCCAACAGGCGACGAGUGAAAGGGUGGGUGGAUGCCUUUAUGAAGUAUCCUCGCGCGUACCUUGUGAUCUCUUCUUGUAUUGACCACAGUCUUGCGACUGGGCGUCUACCACGAGAUGAGCUACUGCCACCACUUAUAAGGGGCUCUGUGUUUAUGAUUCUGGGGAGACCGAAGCUACCCUGGACGAUCACAGCACCCACGAAUUCCAGCACGGAUCAUGCGGGGAGAUAUAACGAGGAGAAACGUCAAGAUCAAGACGGGAACCAAGAACCUGUUUCGCUUGUCGACACGCGGAACCCAUUAUUGGACGAUCCCUGGUACUGGUCUCUCAUACACGAUGUAACGGCCGAGCCGCAACGCGCCUACGACGUAGGGGGUGUCUGCAGUGUUUCAGGCACUUCUAUGCCUGAUACUUUAGACCAUUGUUGA